UGGACGAAAUACCACGUGGUUAAAACCGUAUUACCCGGAAGAAUGACAAAUGUUUAUUGCUAACGUUUCAGGUGUUUUGCUACACAGAGGACGCAGCCGUUAGUUGGACUAAAUAUGGCAUCCUACUUUGAUGAGCAUGACUGUGAGCCCACCAACCCUGAGGAGCAGUAUCGACAGAACGCUCUACUUGAACUGGCCAGGUCUUUAAUGCAGGGCUUGGACUUGAUCGACUCAGCAGGGUUUGACUUGUCUGACUGGGACCAGCGGCUUCCUCCUCCGGCAGCCAAAACUGCUGUUCAGACCCUCACAGUGGUCAUCAUUUCUCCAGAACAAGCAGACAAAGGUCUCAAGUGUCCUGUGUGUUUGCUGGAGUUUGAGGAACAGGAGACGGUUCGAGAAAUGCCGUGCAAACACCUUUUUCACUCAGGAUGUAUACUGCCCUGGCUGGGCAAGACUAACUCCUGUCCGCUGUGCCGACUUGAAUUACCAACUGACAAUCCAGAGUAUGAGGAGUUUAAAAAGGACAAGGAGAGAAGAAAACAGAGGGAGCACCGGCUGGAGGACCUACAUGGAGCCAUGUACACAUGACCCCACAGUGCUGUGCUGCACAUUUGCUGCACGCUGACAAUGUAGAGAAGAAAAUGAUGAAAACUUCCAGAAAUGCAUAAAGCUGCAUUCACGCCAUCUCCUACUGAUUGUAAUUCCAAAGAUGGGAAUGGGAACAAGUCAGAUAUUGGCAAUGUGUGACAUCUAUAUUGUCUCCAGGCUGACAAAAAGAACUACAGAACUAUCAGGAAACUGUUGGCAAACCAGCUGUAAAACCAAUGCAACUGGCAGCUCCACGUCCGUAAAAUCCAAUAUUACUAAUAUGCGACUGUAAAAAAGAAGGCUAAAUAAAAAAGGCUAAAUUUGUGUUUAUCUGAUGUGACUUGUGGCUAGAAAUGGGAAUAACUACCUUGGAAUAAAGGUUUUCCUGUUCCUUUGACAUGGUGUGAAUGCAGCAUAAGCAACAGGGUCACUUAACAUUUAAAAUGCUCUUUUGUCGCUAGCAAGAAUGAAUAUAUUUUAAGAUCCCGUUGACGCUAAGCAUUCUGAAGUAUAUCAGCUCAGUCACUCUAUUCAUUUUGCAUAAAUUUCUGAGCUUUAAAUACACAAAACCAUCUGUUCAGCUGUAUUUGUCCAAUUCAUAUGAAAUAUUUAUGAAAAUCAAUAUUUUUUCAGUGACUUUUUCUGUUAGUUCUCCACAAAAAAUGUUGAAAGCAGGAAGAAUUUGUUUGUUUUGUAACUUCAUUUGUAUUAAAGAGGUAGUUGACAUGGCCA